AUGUCUCUUUCACCGUCCUUGAGACCCAUCCAUGCUUUUCUCCUAUUCCUUCUUACAUUCUCGUCCCCAUCUUCGGCAGCUCUUCUGAAUGAUCCCUCCGAGCUAGCCAAGGGCAAAACAUAUGACUACAUCGUAGUUGGAUGUUCAACAUUUUCAUCUUUAGCAGGAAAUGCAGGGGGCGUUGUAGCGAGUCGUCUUGCAGAGGAUCCCUCGAUGAACGUUCUUGUCAUUGAAGCUGGUGGCAAUGAUUUGGGAGACGACUCGGCCGCACAAGCAGUCCAAGUGCCUUUACAUGGUCUUUCUCUGCAGCACUCGAGAUUCGACUGGAACUUCACCACCACUCCUCAACCCGCUCUCGAGAAUCGAACACUAAACUAUCCUCGCGGAAAAGUCUUCGGUGGAUCAACAACUAUCAAUCUUAUGACUUACGUACGGGGGCCGUUGGACGAUUACAAUCGCUGGGCACGAGUGACUGGCGAGGACAGUUGGGCUUGGGACAAUUUGGAGCCUUUUAUGCGCAAGAUUGAACACAUCACUCCACCUGUAGACGGUCACGACAUCACUGGCCAACUGACAUUAUCUGCCCACGGGACCGACGGGCCACUAUCAUUGUCCAUCACCAACUACCAUCACGUCCUCGAUGACCUCACGGUCAAGGCAACCAGCGAGUUGUCAGACCGAUUUCCUUUCAUCGAGGACUUGAACACGGGACGCCCAUUAGGAUUUGCGUAUAACCAGAACACCAUGAAGGACGGAGUUAGGCAUAGCGUUACAUCUGCUUACGUCCGACCCGCAAUCGCGCGCGGCGACAAUCUCGACGUCCUACUCAAUACUCAAGUUCUGAAGGUAUCGCCAACAGAAUGGAUAGACGGUGUUCCUUCGUUCCGCACAGUUCAAUUCUCUACGGGUCCAGAUGCUCCCGUUCAGGAAAUCACCGCCAAGUCCGAGGUCGUAAUAAGCUGUGGCUCCAUCUCGACCCCCCACCUUCUCCAACUUUCCGGCAUCGGCGAUUCAGAACACCUCGAAUCUGUUGGUGUGAAGCCCAUCGUUCACCUUCCGGACGUUGGUCAAAAUCUACAAGAUCACGCUCUUUUCAGCCAUCCAUAUGCAGUCAGCGAGCCCGACAUUCUCGAUGCGUGGAUUCGCGACCCAGAAGUUGGAGCUAAGGCAUUGGAAGAGUGGAAAGAGAAUAAGACUGGCCUGUUGACCAUGGGGUUCGCGAGCCAGACGGGGUGGUUCAGGUUGCCGGAUGAUGCAUCUAUAUACGACUCUGCGGCAGAUCCAAGCUCGGGUCCUACUGCUCCGCACUUCGCAAUCAUCUUCACACCGAUGAGCUUGGGCUCCGCGCUUGAACCCGAUGCGUCGAAGGGCUUCAUCACCAUCUCGAACGUCGUGGCGUCUCCAGCCUCUCGUGGUUCCGUCCUGAUCACCUCCUCCGACCCAUGGGCGCAGCCAGCCAUCAACCUCAGUAUCCUAACUACAGAUUUCGACAUCUACUGUAUGCGCGAAGCUAUCAAAAUGACGCAGGAACUCAUCAAGGCGCCAUCUCUGAAGGACUACGUCCUAGGCCCUUAUGGAGGGAUCGCGGAUUUGACGAUCGACGAAGAGCUCGAUGCCUACAUUCGCAAGAUCUCCACCGCGAUUCAUCACGCGGUCGGUACGGCACGUAUGGCCAGUCGCGAUUCACCGACAGAAGGUGUAGUCAAUCCCGACUUGACCGUGAAAGGAACGCACGGCCUGCGUGUCAUCGAUGCAUCCAUCUUCCCGUACGAGACUGCUGCACAUACGAUGGCUCCGGUGUACAUCGUAGCGGAGCGUGGGGCUGCGUUCAUCAAGGAGUCCAGAGCUGGAAAGACUGUCGCUGGUGAGGCUGUCGGCGGACAGGCUCACUUCGAGGCCACGUCGAAUCCUUCACGUCAAGCAGGAGAGCUAUGA